AUGAACAUGAACAAGAGCAACCCUUCAGCUUUUAAGAUGGCUGUCAUGAAAGCAUCCGUAAUUAUCUACGUAAAUACUAAGUGGGUGUUUGGAAAAUUCCGUUUACAUUUUCCAUGCGCUUCACAGUUUAAUCCCUGCUGUUCUUAUACAACAACAAAUGUCAAGUUAAAUUUCAUUGUAACAUGGUGA